AUGACAGAACUCGAGGUCAUUUUAACUCGACUGGGUCUUGAACAAUACCUCGACUCGUUCAUUGUCGAGGGGUUCGAUACUUGGGAGACUGUUCUUGACAUCCAAGAGGGAGAUUUAGACGCGCUCAAUGUGAAACUUGGGCAUCGUAGAAAGCUUCAGCGAGAAAUUGCUAACCACCGAGGUGUACUCUAUGAGCGGGCUCAUGGGUCUCCUACCACUGAGACAUCGAUUGAAGCUGGGAAGACCAGUGAUGCCCCCCCUAAACCCCCUAACCCACCUGGCCAGCAUGAACGAGCGGGCACUGAGAUGAAACGGAAGUACAGACGCCAUCCUAAACCAGACAAACAUGCACCAGAAAGGUCACCAUCAGCCUAUGUUAUAUUCUCCAAUAAUGUCCGAGAAGAAGUACGGGACCAGAACCUCUCUUUUACGGACAUCGCAAAGCUUGUCGGUGAUCGAUGGCAGAAAUUGAGCCCUGAAGGAAAAGAGCCUUUUGAAUCAAAGGCCAAUGAUGCAAAGGAAAAGUUCAACAUCGAACUUGCGAAAUACAAGAAGACAAAUUCCUACAAGGAGUACGCCCAGUAUAUAGCUGACUUCAAGGCGAAGCACAGCAGUGUCAUAGCUGAGGGCAAACGGCCGAAAUUUGAAUCGGAUUCAAAUAUUGGGAGUGCUUCAGGCAGGCCGACUGAGAUUACAGUGGAAACGAGACCGACAGUUUCCACGGCUCACACGCGUGAUGUGUCCAUUGGUUCUGUCAGCUCUGCAUCCUAUGACAGCGGUCUUCCGUCACCUAAAGGAAGUACCGCCGGGCUGCCACCCACUAUGAUGGGAUAUGGGAUGAGCACAAAUAUGUCACAUAUAUCAUCAUUAUCAUCGACCGACUCGCCUGCCCUAAGGUCUCACCACCGUGAGUCGUGGUUACCAGCUACUCCAGCCGUCCAAAAUCCGUCGGCCAUUGUGCCUCACCAGACGCGGGGUGAUCUUCCAGAACUUCAUUCUCGCACCGGUCAGUUGUCGCUGGCUCCUUUGACAGCCAAUGUGAUUGCACCGACGGUGGAUUUCGGUCCUGUCACUCGAGCAGCAGCGUUUCCACCGCUAUUGCUUCACCAAAGCUCUGGUUCUUCGGUUGCACAGAGUGAUUCGUCAGGCACCUCCAAUGCGGCUCCGAUAACGCCGGGGGAUGAACCCUGGCGCUACCAACUCCUGGAUGAUAAACCAAGGGGCUCAAACUGGCAGCGCAUCCAGAUUCCUCUCCUUGCCAACAAUCCUAGUGCACAUUUUGGCCCGCUGCCGCCUCUACAAUCUGUUGACCGGGUACCCAACAUCUCACGCGAUCCGACUCAACGAACCCUCCCCUUUCCCACUCCGUCUUCGCCCCAUGAUCCGAAGGCCUCGUUCAGAGGUCGUCCGCGGAUACAGACCCCCUUGGCCUCAUCGCAGUCGUCCGAUUGUAGUUCUAGUGAGCCUCAUGAUGAAUUGAAAUCCCCAACGGACAAUCCGGAGCAGGAUGCUGCUAAUGCUCUGGCCGUUCUAGCCUACACCAGGAGGUGA